CCUCAUCAAAGCGACUCCUCAUCUCACUCUAGGGCGGGUGGAGAUAAAGAUGCAGCAUGGUCAACGACUCAUUGCGGCACUCUACGUCGCACGACUCCCUCUUCUCAGCAUCGAGCGAUGACGGGCAGCAAGCCAGCGGCAAAGUGGCAGCCCUGACACCGCCUCCCAUCUCAGGCCUUCUCUUCCUACCCGAUCUCCUGUCGUCAGCAACAGAGCAGCGUCUCAUCUCCCAGCUGGACAGCUGUUACCCGCUGGAUCGAUCAACAGCAGACACAUCCAACCAAUUCAUGCUCUUUGGACGCGCUAAAGAAGGGCACGACGGCAGCGCCUCAUCAGGCUUACCAGGCUGGGCAGACGAGCUCGUGUGUGAGCUCGAGUGCCUCCUGGAGGGCAAGCUUGACGAGAAGACGAUGAGCCUUUUCUUCCCUCUGCGAUCGCAAAGGUCUUCUGCACUGCAGCCUUGUCGCUCACGCCAGCUUAUCAUCAACCAUUAUCUCCCCUCGCAAGGCAUUACGCCACACAUCGACUUGCCCGCCCGUUUUGGUGACGGUAUCCUGCUCUGCUCGCUGCGAAGUGGGAUUGCGAUGGACUUCCAGCGAAAAGACGAGAAGUUCACUCUUUGGUUGCCGCCGCGUAGUGUGGUGAUCCUGUCAGGAGAGGCAAGGUGGGACUGGGAGCAUGGGAUCGCGGCAAGGGAAGGGGACUGGGUUGCGUGCGAUGAAGGGCCUGAGUGGGUUGCGAGGCAGACUAGAACGAGCGUGACCAUCCGUUGGCUUCUACCAGGAGCAGACGUGGUCGGUAGCAUGGAAAUUGACGAUGACGAUGAAGGUUCAAUAGCAUAGCAUACCACAUUGACGUUGCAACUCAUCG